AUGAGAAAGUACGGUUAUUCUCAGAGCAAUUCAGAUCACACUUUAUUUUUGAAGCAAAGCCAAGGUAAGGUGACUGCCCUGAUCGUAUAUGUUGAUGAUAUGAUCAUCACAGGAGAUGAUACUGAAGAAAUUUCGAGGCUUCAAGAGAAGUUGGCAGAAGAGUUUGAGAUGAAGAACUUGGGAGGACUGAAAUAUUUCUUAGGUAUUGAGGUAGCUAGGUCUAAGGAAGGAAUUUUCUUGUCACAGAGAAAAUACGUACUUGAUUUGUUGGCUGAAGUGGGAAUGUUGGACUGUAAGCCAGCCGAUACUCCUAUAGUGCAGAAUCAUAAACUUGGGAAGUAUCCUGAUCAAGUGCCGACUAAUAAGGAGAGGUAUCAAAGGUUAGUAGGAAGAUUAAUUUAUUUGUCUCACACUCGCCCAGACAUUGCUUAUGCAGUAAGUGUUGUGAGUCAAUUUAUGCAUGCUCCUAGUGAAGAACAUAUGAAUGUAGUAUAUCGUAUCCUUCGAUAUUUAAAAUCGGCUCCAGGGAGAGGGAUAAUGUUUGCAAAUAAUGAUCACCUUGUAGUGGAAGGAUAUACGGAUGCGGACUGGGCAGGGAACGCAUCAGAUAGAAGGUCAACGUCAGGUUAUCUCACAUUUGUAGGAGGUAACUUGGUCACGUGGAGGAGCAAGAAGCAAAAAGUUGUAGCCUUGUCCAAGGCCGAGGCGUAA